ACUGUGGUCACACUUAAUGCUUGCACCGGCAAAUAAAUCUAGGAACCCAAAAAGAAGGGACUGGGCGUCUCAAAGUUAUCAUCAAAUUUAUCAAUGAAACAAACUUUGAUCUUUGGUUAACCAUCUUAAUCAAGAAUUGAUUGGAACGUGAUAGUCCGGAUGCCAAAAUCCGUGGAAAUUCAUCAGUACAACAACUGGAGAGCGACAACGGCAUUAAAUGAGACUGGUGAAGCCGGGCUGGGUGCACCACGAUGAUAAACCAAUCUUCUCGGUGGACGUCCAUCAGGAUUGCACAAAAUUCGCAACUGGUGGCCAGGGCAAUGAUUCGGGUCGUAUAGUCAUAUGGAACCUGAAGCCGGUGCUCUGUGAAAAGGAUGAGCACGAUGCCAGUGUACCAAAGAUGCUGUGCCAAAUGGACCAACAUUUGGCAUGUGUUAAUUGCGUGCGCUGGUCACAAAAUGGAGAGCUGUUGGCCUCAGGUUCCGAUGACAAGCUGAUCAUGAUAUGGCGCAAGGCGCAAGGAUCCAGUGGCGUCUUUGGCACCGGAGGCAUGCAACAGAAUCACGAAUCCUGGAAAUGUCAGCACACUUUGCGCGGUCACGAUGGCGAUGUGUUGGAUUUGGCUUGGUCACCCAAUGACAUUUAUUUGGCCAGCUGCAGCAUUGACAACACAAUCAUUGUGUGGGAUGGACGCGAUCUGCCCACCCAGCUUCAAACGCUCAAGGGGCACACGGGACUGGUGAAAGGUGUUGCCUGGGAUCCGGUUGGCAAAUUCUUGGCCUCGCAGUCGGAUGAUCGCAGCAUCAAGGUCUGGCGCACCAACGAUUGGAUGUGCGGUACGACGAUCAGUGAACCCUUUCUUGAAUGCGGCGGUACUACGCACAUUUUGCGGCUCAGCUGGUCACCUGAUGGUCAGUACUUAGUCUCGGCCCAUGCGAUGAACGGCGGCGGUCCUACGGCACAGAUCAUUGAACGCGAGGGCUGGAAGUGCGACCAGGAUUUUGUGGGGCAUCGCAAGGCGGUGACGUGUGUGCGCUUCCACAACUCCAUCCUCAAGCGUCACAUGACUGGCGGCAGUCCCAGCAAACCGACGCAAUAUUGUGUCCUCGCCGUUGGCUCCCGGGAUCGCUCGUUGUCCGUCUGGUUGACGGCGCUGCAACGACCCAUGGUAGUCAUCCAUGAGCUAUUUAAUGACAGUGUGCUGGACAUUUCGUGGGGACCACAGCAGUGUCUGUUGAUGGCCUGCAGUGGCGAUGGAACCAUCGCCUGCCUGCAGUUCAAUGAACAGGAGUUGGGGACUCGGUUGUCGGGCGUGGAGGAGCAUGCGAUCUUUAAGCGCAAAUAUGGCGGUUGUAUCGAUGACUUCUAUGUACCGCCAAAGAAAGUCGCUCGCGCGUUGCCUGAGUUGAGUAACCUGACGUUGCCCAAUGCGGCCAUGGAUCGUAGAUUGCCCGUCCAGGCGGGAACUGGUGUUGUUAAUUCGCCGGCGCGCGCCAUCAGCAAGCAGACUGAGACACGCACCAAGGAUGGCAAGCGACGCAUCACGCCGGUGUUUAUACCGCUCAACGAUAUGGAUCAGACCACCAUCACCAGCGUAAUGCACACGCCAGCAAGCAGCCUUAACAAUGGCGUUGCACCUGUAGCACCUGUGGUAGCCCCAGCUGUCGUUACACCGCGACGGAAUUCGAUGCAACAGGUGUUGGGCGAUACGAUAAGCAACAACAGCAAUACGAUCGUUCCCAAGCCUCAAAUAUCGGCAAAUAGUAAAUGUGAAUUCACGAAAUCAUCCCAAGACUAUCGCAUCUAUGUGCAGAACGGACAUCUAAAGACGGGCUACGGAAUGGUGGCCAAAGUCACAGCACAACUGAGUCGCGAACAGUUGUGGGAGUUGUAUGUUGGUUCCCCUGUGAUCAAUGUGAAUCUGUGCAGCAAAUAUGUAAUGUUGGGCUCCCUGGAUGGCAGUAUGCGAUUGCUGGCCAUGUCCACCGGCUGCCCCGUUUUUCCCGCCAUCUCACUGACAGGCUCAGUGAUACAUUGCACCUUCAGUCCGGACAAUCAAAUGGUUGGAGUGCUCACCGAUUGCGGUCUGUUAAGGAUUUGGGACAUUAGCAAGCGUUGCAUACGUCUGGCCACCAAUUGCCUGGAGCUGUUGAGCAAACAUGGCACGACGCUGCAGUUUGCCAUCACAGAUCAAGGAAUGCCAUUGAUGGGUUUCCCUAGCGGCAAUUCGUAUUCGUAUUCGACCACGUUAAAGUCAUGGCUGGUGCUGGCCACGGGCGAUGCCAUCAUGUUCAAUGGCAUACGGGGUUCGUUGCCCAGGGAUUUGGAGCAUAUGAAUCGCAAGUUUCCGCUGCUCAACAUGCAAGCGAAUACACAGAACAUUGUCAGUUUGCGUGGCGCUGUCGAAAUCGAUCCAGAGAGCUGGCAACAGACAGCCAAAGUGUCGUUCCUGGAGAACCAGAUUAAACUCUGCGAGGCCCUCGAAGCUGUCGAGGAGCUUAAGCAUUGGCACACGAUGCUCACAUUUCAGCUGGCUACGUAUGGUACCGAAAAACGAUUGCGCAUCUUCCUCGACAGCUUCAUCAAUAGCGACGAAUGCUGCAACAGCUAUCAGUCCGUGCCUAAACACGAGCUGAUGCACUGCGUGCUGGAAUCGCUGAAGCCGCACAUACAAUGGGAGCACAUUUACAAUGAGUAUCUGGAGCUCUACAAGCUCAACGAAUCCAACUUUGUGAUGCCCUCCGACGAUGAGCUGCCACAAUCCUCGAAUCUCUGUUAUCCGCUGCCCACAACUCGCACACGCACUCGUGCUCAAGCUGCUGCUGCUGCAGCUGUUGAGGCGAUGCUGACAGCGGAGCCAUCCUCGCCGCCGCCAACAUCAAGCAACCACGAUGAGCUCAACAACGACCAGGAGAGCGAAGAAACAGAGUCUGAUUCGUCUUCGUUGGCUGCUCCGUCAACGACACCCGAACAGGAACAGGAGGCGGAGGAGGAGCCCGAGGCGGAUCAGGACUCCGAAGCGGUGCAGGAGUCUCAACGAGAAGCAGAGCAGGAAGUAGAUCAGCAACCGCAUCAGCUGGCAACGGAAGCACAACAGCAACCCAAAUGUUUGGAGAUGGAUGCGCUCGAAAGCAACAACAACAACACCAACUGAUGCAAAUUCCAUAAAUCUAAGAUAUAUUCGUCUAGUUGUAAGCGUUACUUUUGAAAAGUGUGUAAUUAUAGUCUUUCAUUUUGUGUACAAUUGAAAUGAAUACACUUUGAUCUAUUUAGCAGUUGAAUUUCAUUAAUAGGCAUUCAUUGAAUUUGGACAGAAUGGAAAAUAAUACGAACAAUGGUUUUAUUUUUGAAAGACAUAUCCU